AUGCUUGCGAACAGAUUUCGCAUAAGAAACUUUUUAUCUUUUAGCUCUACUGCUAAAGUUAUUACCUGUUCCUUACUUUUGACUCAAAUAACACCUCAAUUAUUUUCUACGAAUUAUUCUGGAAUUUCUUCAAGAAUGUUCCAAGAAAACUCAGUAUCGGCACGUGUCGUUUUUGUUACUUGCCCGAAUAAUACGGUGGCAAAAAAAUUAUCGAGAGGCUUAGUUGAAGGAAAACUGGCGGCAUGCGUGAACAUCGUUCACGGUAUAACCUCACUUUACUGGUGGGAUAAUAAGAUUGAAGAGACAACGGAACAAAUGCUUUUGAUUAAAACAGAAGAGAAACAUGUCCAAGAAGUUACUGAAUAUGUCAUAAAGAAUCACGGGUACGAGGUGCCCGAAGUUAUCGCAAUCAAGAUUGACAGUGGAAGUAAGAGUUAUUUAGAUUGGAUUAAAGACACCACGAAGUAA